GAAGUGGGCCGCUCCGCCGGGGACCCGCCGCUGGGGCAGCGUCCCGCCCGCCCAACUAUGGGGCCGCUGCUCUGGCUGUCGCUACUCGGCCAGCUGCUGCUGCUGCGGCCGCCGGCGACCUGGUCGGCCGGCCGCAUCCAGGUCUUCGUGUUGCCCCACAGCCACAUGGACGUGGGCUGGGUCUUCACGGUCCAGGAGAGCAUGCGGGCCUAUGCUGCCAAUGUCUACACCACCGUGGUGGCGGAACUGACCCGCGGGGAGCAACGCCGCUUCAUCGCUGUGGAGCAAGAGUUCUUCCGGCUGUGGUGGGAUGGUGUGGCCUCUGAGCAACAGAAACACCAGGUCCGCCAGCUCCUGGAUGAAGGACGCCUGGAAUUUGUUCUCGGAGGCCAGGUCAUGCAUGACGAGGCUGUGACCCACUUGGAUGACCAGAUCCUGCAGCUCACAGAAGGACACGGCUUUCUCUAUGAAACAUUUGGGAUUCAGCCACAGUUCUCCUGGCACGUGGACCCCUUUGGUGCAUCAGCGACAACCCCGACCCUGUUUGCCAUGGCAGGCUUCAAUGCCCAUGUCAUCUCCCGGAUUGACUACAACCUCAAGGAUGCCAUGCAGGAAGCCCAGGCGCUGCAGUUUGUAUGGCGCGGGUCCCCAACCCUGUCAGAGAAGCAGGAAAUCUUCACUCAUGUCAUGGACUGUUACAGCUACUGCACUCCCUCACACAUCCCCUUCUCUAACAGGUCUGGAUUUUACUGGAAUGGUGUAGCUGUCUUCCCGGAGCCACCCCCAGAUGGCGUGUAUCCCAAUAUGAGUGAGCCCGUGACUCUAGACAACAUCCACCUAUACGCAGAAGCUCUGGUGGCCAAUGUUAAGCAGAGGGCCACGUGGUUCCGGACUCCCCACGUCCUCUGGCCCUGGGGAUGUGACAAGCAGUUCUUCAAUGCCUCAGUGCAGUUUAGGAACAUGGACCCCUUGCUGGAGUACAUCAACAACCGUGCUGCCCAGUAUGGCAUCUCAGUGCAGUAUGCCACACUCAGGGACUACUUCCAAGCCUUGCAUGCCUCCAACAUGACCUGGGGCAUCCAUGACCACCAUGACUUCCUUCCCUAUUCUUCAGAACCAUGGCAGGCCUGGACCGGCUUCUACGCAUCCCGCAGCACCCUCAAGGGGCUAGCAAGGCAAGCCAGUGCCAUGUUGUAUGCCGGGGAGUCCAUGUUCGCACGCUACAUGUGGCCAAAACCCCAUGGGACUAUGGACCCUACGUGGGCCUUGCAGCAGCUCCAACAGCUUCGCUGGGCUGUGUCUGAGGUUCAGCACCACGAUGCCAUCACAGGCACCGAGUCCCCCAAGGUGAACAACAUGUACGUGGAGCAUCUAGGAACGGCAAUGCUGGGCAUACGCAAAAUGAUGGCCUCCAUCGCCCUGGACAGGCCCUCGGUGUCUGACAUAGACACAGGUCCUGUGGGAUACUUUGCCUCUGUAUACAACCCGCUGGCCUGGAAGAUCACCACCAUUGUCACACUGACUGUCGCUUUCCCCAAUGUAAACGUCACGGAUGAGUUGGAUCAGCCAGUGUCAGCACAGAUCCAGAACUCUACGAAUGACCCUUCUGCCUAUGACCUGCUUAUCCUGACCACCAUCCCAGGCCUCAGCUACCGGCACUACAAAAUUAGGCACACCUAUGGGGACCAGGCAGACACCAAGGAACCGGUCGUCCCCCUGGCCAGUACCCUCAAGUUUAGUCCCAAGCUGAGGAACCAGACCAGCCAGGAAGUCAAGCUCCUGAUACCUGUGACGAAUGACUGCUAUACUUUGCUGUUCGACCAGGACAGUAACAUGUUACAUAGUAUUCAGGAGAGACAGAGCAACCGCACGGUGCGCAUGACCCAAGAGUUCCUGGAGUACUGGGCCAAUGGAGAUGUGAAACAGGGCCCCAUUUCUGACAACUACAUGUUUACGUCCAAUGACACCGCUAAGCCUACCUGGGAGGCAGUGGGGAUGGAGAUGGUGGUGGGCCCGCUGGCAACCGACAUAAGGCAGUACUUCUACAGGAAUAUAAUAGACCAGGAUUACAUCUAUUCGAUUCACUCUCGUCUGGCCCAUGUGCAUCCGAACCCCGCUGGGGAACUGCUCUGCCAACGGAUAGAGCAGCAGUACCGCGCAGGCCCCCUGGAGCUGAACCGUGAGGCUAUCCUGAGGAUCAGCAGUGACCUGAACAGCCAGAAGAUCCUCUACUCUGACAACAAUGGCUACCAGAUGCAGCAGAGGCUCCACAAGGCUUUCAAGAGCAAUCCCAUCGCCCGGAAUUACUACCCCAUGGUACAGUCAGCCUUCAUCGAAGAUGACAAGAGCAGGCUGGUGCUACUGGCAGAUCAAGCGCAUGGUGUCUCGAGCCAGGAGAACGGGCAGGUGGAGGUAAUGCUCCAUCGGCGCCUGUGGAACAACCUGGACUGGAACCUGAAGUACAACCUCACGCUGAAUGACACCUCCGUUGUGCACUCGGGGCUCUGGCUUCUGCUGGGCCCUAAAUCCGUCACUACUGGCCUGUACCCGAGGAGCGGCGUGGCGCUGCAGCACAGGCCUAUCGUGUUGUUCAGAGAGCUGACUGAAGAAGAGGCCCCCAUUCAGAGACCCCAGAACCACCGGGCUGUGACAUUGCCCCCCAACCUGCACCUGCAGAUCCUCAGCAUACCUGGCUGGAACUACAGCAGCAACCAUGGCCUGCACCUGAAGAACCUUCAGAGAGGCCACCCAGAGAAGCCCCAGGCCAACCUGCAGCGUGUGCUGCUGCGCCUGCACCACCUGUAUGAAGCAGGGGAGGACUCAGUGCUCUCUCAGCCUGUGACAGUGGAUCUCAAGGUUACACUUCAAGGACUAGGGUCCGUAGUAGCUGUGGAGGAACGCUCACUCACAGGGACCUGGGACAUGCACAGGCUGCAGCGCUGGCAGUGGAGGACAAGGACUGGCCACCAAGGCAACCCUACCUCCCCAGCAGAGUCAGCAGGAAGCUCCAUCAUCACUGUGUACCCCAAGGAAAUCCGGACUUUCUUCGUUUACUUCCAGCAGUGAUGCCAAUGCAGUUGGCCCCAGGGCCAUGGAACUGGGAUCCCCCACCCCCCCACCCCCAAAAAAGAACGAUGAGGAGGGACUCAGAGGGAGGCGAAAGCUGCUCAUUGGAUUGCUGUGUGGCAGAAAGUAGCCAUGUGGGGAGAGGAUCUCUCAUUUUUAUUUUUAAUAAAAAAUUAAGGUCUGGGCUCUUCCUUCCCAUGCUCAAGCCAGCCCUUCCCUCCCUUGUCACAUGAAUGGCCCCUCCCUGCCUUGUUCCCUUCCCUCCCUCCUUCACCCCUCCUUGCCUUAACCCUCCCUCCGUUUUCAAAAAGAGCCUUUAUUCUUCAAAAGUUAAUGUGAAUGAAUUGUUGAAAACUGGAAGACAGCAAGAGGAGGGUCAGCCACCGCUCAUCGCUCACAGCAGAUCUUUAGGACCUGUGUCUGAGCACAGCAUGACCCAGUGUGUGCCCAAGAUGUACCGUGUGUGUCUGUCAUACUUCCCAUACCUUUACUGAUCCAAAACCCCAUUAUGUGAAAAUGUUGGUGACCAAGAAUACAGUUUACUGACUCCAA